AUGGCAGAUCUUACUGGCCUCGAACAGCAACGCCAAGCACUGGAGGAGAGUUUACAGAAGCUUCGCCAGAGUCUCAAACACUGGCAAACGUUCGAGGCAGAGUACGAGGGUCUGAAGGAGGAACUUGAAGCUGCUGAACCUCCUGUCGAUGCGGAUGCUCUCACGAAAAUUGCCAAGACUUAUGACGGCCGGCUGGUCGACGAGGAAGUUGUGCGGGAGUUGUCUGGGCUUGACAAGGGUCCAGUCCGCACGGCGCCACAGAUCAUUCGCGACAUAGAGCGUCGACAGGAGUAUGUACAGAAGAAUAUUGAGACUCUUCAGCGCCGGUUUUUUGCAGAUGAAUCGCAACUGGAGACAUUCGACUUUGCCGCCACUCGAGAUGCUGAGACUGGAUUGCCACUCACCGAAAUUGAGGAGGAACUGGAUGAUGACGACAAUGUCAUCUCGAGUCGAGUCCAUCAGCCAGAGGAGUCGCAGUCUAACCUUGUGGACAGCUUGAGAAAAGCAGGUCUCACGAGCGCCGACUUGGGCGAGGCAUACAAGAUCCAGACGCCACUGAAGUCUGCUAUCACGAAUGCCAUUCCGCCAAUCCCGAGCACGCCUGCUGUAAUAGCAGCCGAUAAUCGCAUACAAUUCACACCUGACAUCCCAUCCACGGAAGAUUCUACCAUGGACCCUGACGAGAACGAGCGGCCUCCGAUUCGCAAAAAGUCUGUAUCCUUCUCAGCGGACACGAAGAAGGCGCCCGAAAUGGUGCGCCUUGACUCGGAUGAUGGCAAGAAAUCUGUAUCAUUUGCAGAAAAAGUCGCCGUUGCUCCAGCGGCACCACUACCUGAUCCUCGUACUGUUCAGUUCUCGCCACAAGUAGAGGAGAUUCCAGUUCAACCACUUGGGCCACCAUCCCCAUCUGCAGUCACACCCACGCAGGCCGGUGCAAGUGAUCCUGAGAAGCAAAAAGAGUUGAGGGCUUCAUUCAAGCCUGGUGACAGGGUCAAGAUGCUGGGGGAUGAUGAUGAAGUGGUCGAAGAGGAAAUCGUCAUGCCGGAGAACGAGACUGAAGAUGAUGCAAAGCUGCGACGUGAAAUGCUGGACUAUCACCUUCACGAGGUCGGGCACAUCGUAGCGCAGAUGGACCUUGACGACAACGACUACUACAAUGAUGAUGACGACGAAGAGGAUGACACAAGCUCGCACUUUACAGGCUCUACGCGGAUGGAAGACGAAGACACGCCAUACACGAGCAAUCACUCGGACGAGGAAGACGAAGAUGAGCACGGCAGAAGCAAAAGUAAAGUCGUCACAGACGACUAUCGCAAACAGAUGCUCGAGAUGCAGGACCGCUUGAUUGGCAACCUAGGUCCGGCGCCGGAAGAGCCCGAGAUUGCUGAUCUGGACGACGAGAUCAACCCAAAGGACGUUCGCAAGCUUGUGAUCCGAGACAAGCGCAAUUCGGUAUCGUCGGCAAGCUCAGAAAACGACGAGAAGAAGAUCUCGGGCAAGAAGCGGGUGAGUUUCGCUGAAGAGCUGGAUGUAGCUCAGCCUGGCUCUCCACCUCUCAAGGCUCGGAAGCAGGUCGAGGGGCAGGCUGUCUCUCCUCUAGCAGAUGGCGUUCCCGAACGCAAGCAAGGUGGCGCUGAUAUAGAAAUGAUCGAAGCAAAGUCAGCCAAUACCUCUCGCUUCAUGCAAAGUGGCGACCUACCAGCUACACAAUCAGCACCAGGUUCGAGCGCCCUUGAUGCGAAUCUGGGCGACCACAAUGAUUCUCCUAUGGGUCCGGCAGGGCGCACUCUAGCCGAUACGCUCGUUGAGCGUCAGCCGACGUCUGGCAAGACCACACAAGCGCCUUCGGAGGACGACAUGGAUCCCAUCACGGAGCGUCGUCAACUGGCAGCCGAGUAUUAUCGUCGACGUAAUGAGAUGGUGAGGCAGCAGGGAGGGUUCAAAGUUGAUCCAGACGAGGAGGAGGAAUUUGGUGAGUUGAUGGAGGAGAGGGAUGGUAAGAUCAAGAAAGUCAGUCGAUUUAGGGCUGCUAGGUUGAAAGGGUAG